AGCGUUGAAGAUGGCAGCGCCAGUAAUGGACACAUGUCAUGUCUCCUGUUGUGCAAACCGUACUCCUAAUGUUGUGUCCUGGGGCAGAGGAGGGCUCAUUGCGUUUGGGACAUGUAAUUCAGUUGCCAUUUAUAAUCCAAAGGAAAUAAGAGUUGUCGAUCUGCUGAAUAAACAUACUGGAAGGGUGAACGCUGUCCAGUGGGUUCAUGAACCAGACUGCAGUCCAGAGACCCAGCUGAUAUCUGGUGGGUCAGAUAAUAAUGUUAUUGUUUGGGAGAAGCAUGAUGGGAAGUUCAGAGCAUGUGCAGUGUGUUCAGGACACUCAGGACCAGUGUGUGCAGUGGAUGCAGUGUCUCUUUCCUCCUCUCAUUUACUGGUGGCCUCAGCAUCAUCUGACUCCACUGUUAAACUCUGGACAUACACCUCUGAUACAGCCGAAUGCCUCCAGACCGUAGCUUUCGGGAGCGGGUUCAUGAUGGAUGUCUCCUUGGCGCUGUUGCCAGGCAGCAGAGUUCCCGUAUUGGCCUGUGGGGGAGAUGAUAGCAGAGUUCAUCUUUAUGUGCAGCUCAGUGGACAGUUUCAGAGGGUUCUGACUCUGACCGGACAUGAGGAUUGGGUCCGAUGUGUGGAGUGGGCCAAUAAAGAUGGAGAGCUGUGGCUCGCCAGCUGUUCACAGGACUGUCUGAUCAGAGUGUGGAGACUGUUUGCCAAGACGGCCACUGAACCAGACCAUCAGACUGACGGCGUUAUCAAAAUGAAGGAAAACAUCUUUCAAGUGUCUGGAGAGGAAUUUGCUGUGACUCUUGAAACAGUGUUGGCUGGCCAUGAAAACUGGGUUUAUGGAAUUCAUUGGCAACCUCCAUCUGUUAAAGGUGACUCAGUGGAACAGUCCCUAAAGCUGCUUUCUGCCUCAAUGGACAAGACCAUGAUCUUAUGGGGGCCAGAGGAGGAUUCAGGCAUGUGGGUGGAAAUGGUUCGUGUUGGUGAAGUUGGAGGAAACACCCUGGGUUUCUAUGGGUGUCAGAUGAGUCCAGACGGCUCUAUGAUUCUGGCUCAUGCCUUUCACGGAGCACUACAUCUUUGGCACCAUGAUAGCAACCAGGAAUGGAGGCCUAGUGUGGUCAUUUCAGGUCACUUUAACGCAGUGCAGGACUUGAGCUGGGACCCUGAAGGAGAGUUCAUCAUCACUGUUGGUUCAGACCAAACCACCAGACUCUUUACACCCUGGAUGAGAAAAGGAAGCUCACAGAUUACUUGGCAUGAGAUCUCAAGACCACAGAUCCACGGCUACGACAUGCAGUGUCUGACUAUGGUUGGCCGCUUUCAGUUUGUGUCCGGUGCUGACGAGAAGGUCCUUCGGGUGUUCAAGGCUCCGCGGAAUUUUGUGGAGAACUUCGCCCACAUAUCAGGCACCUCUCUGGAGAAACUGCUAGGCUGUAAUGAUAUAACAGAUCUCCCAGAAGGAGCCAGCACUCCUGCCCUAGGCCUGUCCAACAAGGCCGUGUUUCAAGGUGACCUCACGUCACCGAGCCCUCAACAGGAUGGCGGAGAUUUCAAUAGCCUGUCUGACCAAUAUAAAGAGUCCUACUUUCAACCUCUCAAACUCACAGAGCCUCCGACAGAGGACGACCUCUUGCAGAACACGCUGUGGCCAGAGGUACAGAAGCUGUACGGGCAUGGCUUUGAGAUGUUUUGUCUGGCGUCGGAUUGUGCGAGGACGGUGGUGGCCUCGGCAUGUAAGGCCUCUAAAGCAGAGCAUGCAUCUAUUCUUCUGUGGAGCACGGCAUCAUGGAAACAGCUUCAGUCGCUCUCCUGCCACAGCCUGACCAUCACUCAGAUGGCCUUUUCCCCAAAUGGACAGCUUCUGCUCGCUGUUUCUCGAGACCGCACAUGGUCAUUAUGGAGAAGAGGAAACCCUGACUCGGAUACAGAGGUGAAAUUUUCUCUCUAUGCAAACACUAGUAAGGACACAUCAGUUCACACACGCAUCAUUUGGUCAUGUGACUGGAGUGCUGACAACAAGUACUUUGUGACAUCAAGUCGAGACAAAAAGGUGAUCAUCUGGGGUCAUGCUGGCUCUGGAGUUGCUGUCGGGGAGGGUGAGGAUGCAUGUGUGACUUCCUGUUCUUCUGUUCUGGAUGUUGGAGAUUCAGCCACUGCCGUGUCUGUCUGCCCAUUUCUAUGUUCCGACCGGAGUUAUUUGCUAGCUGUAGGUCUAGAGAAUGGACAGGUUUUGCUGUAUAAAUGGAAGCCAUCAGAGGAUCUGUCUUCUGGAUCAGACUGGAGCAGAUGUAAAGAAACCGAUGCUUGUCAGGGUCACACUAUGGUGGUAAAGAGGCUGCGCUGGAGGCCGAGGCUGGGAAGAGGUGGCCAUGGUGUACAGGAUGGCAAUGAAGAGCAAGCUUGGGUCCAGUUAGCAAGCGCUGGUGCUGAUCAUGUCGUCAAAAUCUUCGACAUCAACAUAUCUGCACUAUGACCUGCUGAUAUUCAGCAGUGACUAACUA